ACGGGCUUUCUGGCCUUCGGAAUUUACACCAUGAUUGAGGGCAGGCUGCCGAUUGUGCCCGCGGGCAUUUCGCCCGCUUUGUUGGGAAUGGUGGUGUUCCUGGCGCUCAGUGCCUACACCGGCGCUGGUGGUGCUCCGCUGAACCCAGCUCGUGACUUUGGACCUCGUUUGAUGUGUCUUUCAACUUGUAAGUCUUACUUGCCCUUGAGUUAUGAUAAUAACUCACUUUUACAUGUGGCAGUAGCCCGACUUUCCCUUUGUUCGUUAAAUUCCGCCAAUAUAAGGUCCAAUUUCUUUUUUUUCGUUGAGUUUCGCCAAUAUAAGGUUAAAUGUAAAUCAGUAAACAACAGGAGUUUAUGUUCAUGGAGUUGA